AUGCCUUGUGCAGAAUGUCGACUGCAAAGGGCUCUGCCAUCAGUGUCCGCUUAUCACUCAUACCAUGCACACACUCCUUCUUCACAAAGCAUCAUCACCGAAAAGCGCGUGUUUGAGAUCGCGAAUGCUUGUGGGUGGCCGGUCCUGUUCGACACCCGCGAAAAGUUCAAAACUCUCCUCGAGGCCAAUCCUUCGCUUGAAAACAACGCCCUGUUCCCGCUCAUGCACAUCAUGAUGGACAUGUCCUUCAAGGUCGACAACGCCAACACCCGCUCGAUCUACCCAACACCCUGUCCCUCGUCAGAGACGAUCGUCAAAAAGUGUCUCAACUACCUCUAUCACGCUCGCUUCUUGGGCGAGCCAAAGGUCCCGUCAAGCGAACUCAAGGACGAAGAGUACCCCGAAGUCAGCAUCUUCACCCGCACCGGCCGCCGCUGA